UAUAACUUUUUUCUUUCAUCAUCAGCAUGGGUCAGCUCUCUAACGUCUUCCGUUUUGUUCUUCUCUGCUCCUCUGAGCACGUCACUAAGCGAGCGAUUUGGUUGCCGAGUUGUGACGAUAUCCGGGGGUUUGACGUGCAUUCUUGCUAUGGUCCUGUCCUCAUUCUACACCAGUAUCCUUCAUCUUUAUUUCACCCACGGAGUACUUUGGGGUGUUGGAUUGUCCCUUGGUUACUUUCCUUCGUUUUUGAUCGUCGUUCAGCACUUCAAGAAUUCGAAGCGUUUGUCUUUAGCCACUGGCAUUGUCACCUUCAGUGGUUCCCUCGGUACAUUGACAUUAAGCCCUGGAUUACAGUGGAUGUUCAACAGAUUUGGACUUUCUACUUCGUUUCGCAUUCUUGCAGCAGUUCAAGUGGUAAUUAUUGUCUGUGGAAUGACUUUUUAUCCUGUGAAAGACAACGAGGUACCCUCUCAAGAAACCAAGAAGGAGAAGUAUUUUGAUUGGUCCAUUUGCAAGAAUCGAGCACUCAUCGUUUUCAUCGUCGCAUUAGGUUUCAACAUGUUAGGCUACUUGGUCCCUUUUGUUCAUCUGGUGAGCUUAAUUCGUGGGCUUGAGCUGGAUAAACUGCUAUCUCUUUUAUUUAUUGUCGUUAUUUUACUUAAAAUCCAUUUCUGAUUGGCCCAUAUCCCCUUGCAAUUCUUCAUACCCCGCUAGUGUUGACCACAUUAGGAUGAUUGAUACCGAUUUCAAAACGAUUGACGCCAAUUGUAUAGAUAUUGACAGUAAAAGGGAUGUAAAGAUGUGAGGCAACUGGAAAGAAGCGACGCUGAGAAAAUGGCGGGAUAUUUUGCAGUUUAUGCGAAGAUGACGUAGCCGGAGAACACAAGUUCCAGUACAAUUAAACGAUCAAAUUCUGGCAAAAGCACUGCUGAGGUUUGUGGGAAAAAGACUGAACGCAGGGAAAGAAGAAAAAAUGUAGAAAUCCUCCUCUUUCUUGCUAUGUUAAAAUCCCCGCUCAUGUCAGACGAUUUUCGCGCAGGCAUGUUUCGCUCAUUGCAGUAUAUCUCUAAGCUGGCUAUCUCCGAGUAAAAUAUCAGACUACUUGUAGUUUGCAUUAGCAUUCUUUGUAAGGUUCCAAACCUUAUGAAUGAUUCGUACCCUAACGAAAGGGCUUUAGUUUAAUCAGGUUAAGGUCACUUCAUUGCAAUUCAUUUUAAGAUGUUAGUGCUCAAUUGAGUCUUUACAAUGAAAGCUAUCGCAUUGCGUUUUUAUCAGUUUUUAUCAGAUAAGUAUCGCCUACUGUUUUGUCGAAGCGAGAAUGUAGGUUUAAUAUCCCGUGCCCUUUCGUAACACAUUAAUGCCUUUUUUUUUUUGGAAUAGGUGAGGAUGGCUGAGGAACGUGGAGCCAGUCCAACAGAAGGCGCUUUGUUGAUCAGCUACGCCGCAGCGGCAUCUGGCGUCGGGCGUUUACUUUUUGGAAGAAUGGCCGACAGCAAACGUCCCGGCAGGUUUUUCAUUUGGCGAGCAGGUGUAUUAGGAAUGAGUGUGUCAACAACUUUGGUAAUCUUGGCCAGUUCCUAUGAAUGGCUUGUAGUGUACGCAUGCACAUUCGGAAUAUUCGAAGGUUGUUACGUGACAUUAACCCCCCUGCUGGUCAGGGACAUCGUGGGCGUUAGAGGAUUUCCUUAUGGUCUUGGAUUGGCUUAUUUUUCGAUGGCAUUUACACGAAGUGCUGGUCCACCCAUUGCUGGCUGGAUUUACGACAGUUUUCACAGCUACAAAGUGGCGUUUCUGUACACCGGCUUCGUGAUUUUCAUGGGAAGUUUCAUUUCCGUCGUAGUUCCCUUACUCCAGGAGAAGAAAUUGCCAAUUGAGUACCUCAGUUAUAAAGACGAAGACACGUCGAAUAAUUUAAAAUCCACCGGGGUCGACCGAGAAACUGAGGUUUAA